UUUUUGGCAAGUAUCUCCUUCCUCUAAACUUCUGCUCUUUCACCUUCUAUACAUUCCAGUAAAAAAAAAAAGUAGACGCGUAAUUAGAACGGAGCCAACUUCCUCCACAAAAAAAAAUAAAAGGAUAACCGUAAUAAGCAUGGCGUCAACGGAAUCAACCCAUUAUCUCCAUCCUGACUUUGAUGUCACAAAAAUCACAAUGAAUCAGAUCCGAGAGAUUUUGUCGGAACAUCAUGUCAAACUGCCAACAGGGAUGGUCAAAAAGCAACAGCUUAUUGACCUUUUUAACCAGCAUAUUCGACCUCAAGUCCCCGAAAUUAAUGAAUCCGAUACCAGUGACAGCGAUCGUGAAACCAAGGCAACUAGUAAGGCCACCACUACUUCUGCUACCCCUAAAACAACAAGGGCGCGCCAAUCACGCGCCAAAAAGGCGGCCGACGACGACGCCGACGAUGAGGACAAUGAAACUCCUCCUUCUAUGGCUAGUGCAUCUACUCGUAAGAAAAGAAUAGCCAGUAAAGCAAAAGUUGAUAAUGAUGAGCCAGCACAAGCGGAGGUCAAACCCAGAUUGAAGCGUAGUACAAGUCGCGCUAGAGCCACAACAGAGAAAAACAAUGUGGAAUCCAAGAUGGAAGAACCCUCCAGAGGCCGAAAUAUCCAAAGAACUGUCACACAGAGUGAAGAUGAAAGUGAGCCAGUUAGGCUUCAACGACCAAAGAGAGAGGCAAAAAAGAAAAAAGAUGAAAAUUUUUCAUACGAAAACCCGUUUCAAAGCGGAAGCGAGUCAGAGCGUAGACGUUCUCGGCCCAGAUCCAGAUCCAGAUCCAGUACAAGGAAGGCCAGGGUUGAAAGAGCUGACGCUAUGGAGAAUGUUUUCAAGGUCCCUGCCCAGCCUCAGUUUUCCAGAUUCAUGCGUACGCCUGAGCCAGAUAAGAGCGAAUCUUCACAUUCAAGAACAAAGCCCGCAGCAACAUCAGCAACAACAACAACUACUACUACCACAACAACAUCAGCAGCAGAAGAUAAAAAAACUGCAAAAGCUCAUUCUACGCCCAAGAAGGUGUCGACGGAUGGUCUGCCUACACCCAAACAUCGCGAUAUGGCAUCAACUUUGGACUUUAUUGAUCAGGAUUUUGUAAAGACCCUGCGCCAAAAUGUCGGACCUAUUUCAUUAGUUCUUGCUAUUGUACUCCUGGCAUAUGGUAUAUGGCUGCGCCAGAAAAGGAUUGAGAUUGGAUUCUGCACAGAAGCGGAAUUGGAACCUACCGUCAGACCUUGGUACUACCCAACCUGCAUUCCAUGUCCUGACCGUGCUACUUGCUUGAGAUCUGAUGAGAAACCAAUUUGUCCUCCUGAAUAUAUCCUCAAGCCUCAGCUUUUGAGUUUCGGCAAUCUGUUUCCAAUCACCCCUGUGUGUGUUUUGAAUAAGGCAAAGGGCUAUAGGGCUUUUCAGGUGGCUGAUGCAGCAGAGAAGCUAUUGCAUCUCCAUGCUGGAAAUAUUGAGUGCAGCCUUUUAAGAGACAAGGCAGCCCCAGACAGUAUGGAGUAUAAGGCCCGUCGUGGUCUCUCAGUUGAUGAAUUACGUUUUCAUGUGGAGCAACUAAAGGAUAGCAAUGUUUCAGAUGAGGAAUUCUCUGAAUAUUGGAAUAUCGCUGUAAAGGAGCUUCGUCGCCGUUCGAAUAAGGUUGUGUUUGAGGAAGGAUUGGCAAGUGAGGAGCGUAUCCGUUCACUGAAGCCACAAAAGUCCUUGGGUUGCCGUUUGCGCCAAGUCCUUGUCAGAUGGAUUAUCAAGUUCAGACUCUUCUUCCUCGCCGUGCUCUUGACUGUUGCGGGUGGUUUUGGAGUUCGUGCGUAUAUCCUUCGUAGGCGCAAGGAAGUGCGUAUUGUGAAUGGUCUUGUUCAGAAUGUACUCUCAAAACUGUCGGACCAAGCCCAUUACUAUUAUGUGGAUCCUGUUAUUUAUCCUGAACCUUACUUACCACAGACUCAGUUACGGGAUGCACUUUUAUCAGAUGUUCAUUCUGCAUCCAGACGACAAGAGAUUUGGUCUCAAGUUCAAGCAGUUGUGGAACGAAACUCAAAUGUCAGAACCAGCACACAGGAAGUACGAGGGGAAAUGCAUCGGGUCUGGGAAUGGGUUGGGGCAUCAGGUAUGUUGGGCCAACAUGGGGGAGGACCAUCAGCUGUAGCAAGUGGUGUUGAAAGAGGUCGUGGUCGCAAUCAACGUGGUGCUACAGUUCCAGAAGUCGAGAUGCAAGAGCCUAUUGGUAGAGGUAUUCGUGCAAGGGGUGUGCCUAAAGUUCCACCACGUACAGGACCACAUGGAAGUUUCUUUGGAAUGAGACGUCAAGACUCGGAGUAUUUAAAUCCUGAGAACUCACUGUAUCCCUCACUCUCACAAGACUACCCGAGUGAGUAGAAAGAAAUGUAUAGAGGAAGAUGCUUUAGCUGAGGAUAGGAAAAGAUAUUAUAAAUAUUUCCUUUUUUAUUUUUAUUUUUACUUUUCGGGUUUCCGGCUAGCCAUCGCAAAAUCCAUAAUAAAGCUGCCAGCAUUGAAAUGAGC